AUGGAAGCAACAGAACAAUUUCCUAUUCUUUACCGAAAUUUGCUCACCCAUGAUGUGCGUUUGAUUUCAUGUUGCCCAACGACAGACCUCAUCUUGUUGGUGUCUGUUCAGAAUGAGCUAAAAUUGUAUAGAAAGGGAUCCACUCUACUUUGGACCAUUGGGGCAGAAGACAUUGAUGCCACUGUCAAUGCCGUGGCAUGGCAUCCGAAUGGAAAAGAGUUUGUUGCAGGCUGUAAAGAUGGAUCUUUAUACAAUAUCAAUGUCUGUUAUGAUAGUCCGCAAAUCACAGAAUGUGAGCUGUCAGAAAUGAUACCAGCAGAGAGCCAGUAUGCCAUCACUUCAUUGAGAUGGAUAAAAUAUGCACAAAAGAAAACAGAAGAGUACAUUGAAGGGUUUGAUCCAAACGCAUUUGACAUAGAUUCAAAAUUACCCUUAUUGAGCGAAAAGUCACCACAGCCACCAAAGUAA